GAUUCCCUCUUGUUUUUGCGUAUUUCAAGAUAGAUAUCCUACCACGACAACAGAAAAUACUAUCCUUUCUUCACUUACACUCUAAGCAAAAUCUGAAUCUACAGGCCACAGAAACCUGUCUUUAUUUCCACCAUAUUACACCAACAAAAAUUGACAAGAAUUUCGUGAAAUUUUCGCUCUCCACCUCCACCAACGAAAUCUGGAUUAUGAGGACUCGUAAUGCACUGCUAUGUGCAGCAGCUGUCACUUCAGUAUGUCUCGCUGUUGAAAGCCCAGUUGUAGCCAAGGAUCCCUUUGCAUUUGGAGCAGGCUGUAUCUCUACUUUGAUCAGCCUGUGUCGUCGAUAUCGGAACCCAAGGAAUAGAAUACGGGCACGAUGGAAGGAGAAAAAUGUCAGGAGACUCCAUAGGAUGCUGCGCACCAGACAGGUCAAGUGGAAGGAGCUGGAUGAUGCAAAUUUGCGGCUGCAUACUCGCUUUGACAAAGACGGUCUCUCUCGCCUCAUAAAGGUCCUUCAUAUACCAGACCCAUUUGUGACAACACGUCGUGGUUACCGGUUCCAAGCAUUUGAUGCUCUAUGUAUACUGUCAUAAAGUACACAGCCCCUAUCAUUUUCCCUUUCUCACCGUCUCGACGCCUUUACUUGUACAAUACAUCAUCCCAUCGCUGUCAAUCUCCAUCGAUUACUGAUCUAUCUAUUACUGAUCCACCUGACCCACCUUCUCUUUCUAUCGGCUUCCGCCUCCUUCCUUGCCCCUGA